UCCAGAAAAUUUCAAAAUUGGAAACUUCAAUAGAAUAACAAUUUAGACUUCAAAAUAAACUGGCAAGCCACAUAAUAUAAUAGCUAACCCAACAAUUUUGAAUUUAACGAGACAAAAGACACUAUAUAUAUAACUUGAUCACUUAGUAAUGCAACAAUAUAUCCAUCAAUAUUAAUUCCUUCCUUCAAACUAAAAAAUAAUGGAGAUUCAAUUCACAAACUUUGUUGCAUUUUUGCUCUUUCUCUCAACAACAUUUCUUCUAUUCAAAAAAUGGAAGACUCAAAACCUAAAUUUGCCUCCUGGUCCAUGGAAAUUACCAUUUAUUGGAAGCCUACAUCAUUUGGCACUGGCAGGUCCACUCCCUCAUCAUGGUCUAAAAAAUCUAGCAAAACGCUAUGGGGCGCUCAUAUACUUACAACUCGGAGAAAUUCCUACCGUCAUCAUUUCUUCGCCACGUAUGGCUAAGGAAGUACUAAAAACUCAUGACCUAGUUUUUGCAACGAGGCCGAAACUUGUAGUGGCCGACAUAGUCCACUAUGAUAGUAGUGACAUAGCAUUUUCUCCUUAUGGUGAAUACUGGAGACAGAUUCGUAAAAUUUGCAUACUUGAACUCCUUAGUGCCAAGAUGGUUAAAUUCUUUAGCUCGAUUCGUCAAGACGAGCUAUCGAAGAUGGUUUCGUCUAUACGAACGAUGCCAAAUAAUCAUCCGGUCAACCUUACAGAUAAAAUAUUUUGGUUUACUAGUUCAGUAACUUGUAGAUCAGCUUUAGGAAAAAUAUGUUGUGACCAAGAUAAAUUGAUAAUUUUUAUGAGGGAAAUAAUAUCAUUGGCAGGUGGAUUUAGUGUUGCUGAUUUUUUCCCUACAUGGAAAAUGUUACAUGACGUUGGUGGUUCGAAAACUAGAUUAUUGAAGGCACAUCGUAAAAUCGAUGAAAUUUUGGAAAAUGUAGUGAAUGAGCAUAAACAGAAUCGAGCAGAUGGUAAAAAGGGUAAUGGUGAAUUUGGAGGUGAAGAUUUGAUCGAUGUUUUGUUAAGAGUUAGAGAAAGCGGAGAAGUUCAAAUUCCCAUCACGGAUGACAAUAUCAAAUCAAUAUUAGUCGACAUGUUCUCCGCGGGAUCGGAGACAUCAUCGACAACUAUAAUUUGGGCAUUAGCAGAAAUGAUGAAGAAACCGAGUGUUUUAGCAAAGGCACAAGCUGAAGUGAGACAAGUUUUGAAGGAGAAGAAAGGUUUUCAACAAAUUGAUCUUGAUGAGUUAAAGUACUUGAAGUUAGUAAUCAAAGAAACUUUAAGGAUGCACCCUCCAAUUCCUUUGUUAGUCCCUAGAGAAUGUAUGGAGGAUACAAAGAUUGAUGGGUACAAUAUACCUUUCAAAACUCGAGUCAUAGUUAAUGCAUGGGCAAUUGGACGAGAUCCUGAAAGUUGGGAUGACCCUGAAAGCUUUUCACCAGAGAGAUUUGAGAACAGUUCCGUUGACUUUCUUGGAAGUCAUCAUCAAUUUAUUCCGUUUGGUGCAGGAAGAAGGAUUUGUCCAGGAAUGUUAUUUGGUUUAGCGAAUGUUGGACAACCUUUAGCUCAAUUGCUUUAUCACUUCGAUUGGAAACUCCCUAACGGACAAAGUCAUGAAAGUUUGGACUUGACAGAGUCACCUGGAAUUUCUGCGACAAGAAAGGAUGAUCUUGUUUUGAUUGCCACUCCUUAUGAUCCUUGACUACAUUGAAACAGUUGUAAUUGUCUGGGGACUGGGGUAUUAUAUUAUAGUACAAAUAAAGGUUUUUCAGUUUUACAUGAUGUAUUUAAGUGAUUGUAUAAGACAAACUUCUGAAUGAAAAAAAAAUAAAAAAAUCUUAUCAAGAACUCAUUUACUGCAGCCUAUAGCAUCAACUAACCUUCUUCUAUUUAUGGCUAAAGGAAAUUUUGUUGUUCUGUUUUUACAAGGGCAACUUAUUUAUACUCACGGUGAAUCGGUUGACUGGAAUUGCAAGAUGUACUUAAUCCAGAAAGCACACGAAUGUUUCUAAGCCAUCAGGUUCAGGACAAAAGUUUUCUUGCAAACAUGAGACACAUUGAUAGAGAAUACCAUUUAGUGGAAGUAGUGAACACUAUUAUAGCUCAAUUUACAGGUAAGUUAUAGUCUACAACAACCAAACUCGAAAAA